UUCUUAACAGAUCACUUUGACAUCUCCAGGAGCAGUUUGCCACAAUGAGGUUUCUAAUCUCAUUGUGUGUGUCACUACUCCUGUUGAUUACUGAGCAGAGCACCCUUCACAUGACCACCACCAGACAAAUCCACCCAGCUGUGUUUUAUCCAUUUGGACCUGGGGACACAGAGAAUGGACGUUCUGAUGAUGGGAGCUCAUCUGUGAUCUACCUUUUGCAACAGUUCAUAUUUUUUGGACAAUCAUAUAGUCAAAUAUAUGUCAACAACAAUGGACACUUGACUUUUGAUGGACCAUUUCACAGCUGGACUCCAUACCAGUUCCCAGGUUAUGGUGGAAGGGACCUCAUCUCUCCAUUCUGGACAGAUAUUGAUAACCGUGGCAAUGGUGUUAUUUCAUAUCGUCAGUACACCUCUGGCAGUGUCCUUACAGAGGCCACACAAGACAUUAACCAAUACUUCCCUGACCUGAGCUUCUCUGCUACAUGGGUCUUUGUAGCAACAUGGGACAGAGUUGCAUAUUUCCCUCCGUCAGGAACAGAAACAUCUUUCCAAGUGGUUUUAAUUUCAGAUGGCCAUUACACAUUUAUUUUGAUGAAUUAUGGAACAAUUGCUCCAAUACAAUAUGUUCAGGCUGGUUAUGACACCAUCAACUCUAGAUACCAUUUCUCAAUUCCUGGAUCAUUUUCGAGUUAUAUCACAAACUUGACAUACAGCAGUAAUGUCAAUGUGCCAGGCAGAUGGGCCUUCAGAACAGAUCAUGGAUCACGGGGUUGCCAGUUUAAUGGUAUUCCAGUGCAGCUCGGAGAUUCUUUCUGGAGUGGUGCAACCUGCCAGGAGAGAUGCACCUGCACCAGCAGCGGCCUCCAGUGUAGCCACGAGCCCUGCAGUUACUCCCAAGCCUGCCAUCCAGCUGCCUUCCAGUACUCUUGCCAGAACAUUCAGCGGCAAACCUGUACUAUCUCUGGUGAUCCUCACUACUACACCUUUGACAAUCAGGUUUUUCACUUUCAAGGGACCUGCACUUAUGUUCUAUCUGAGGCUUGUGGCAACGGUUUGCCAUACUAUCGCAUUGAGGGCAAAAAUGAGCAUCGGGGCAGCACGCAUGUGUCAUGGACACGGAUGGUCAGAGUGUUUGUCUAUGAUGAAGUACUUGAACUGGUCAAGGGUCAUUAUUAUGACGCAAAGGUUAAUGGAAGUUUUGCAGCAAUGCCAUUCACCCUUCGCAAUGGCUCCAUCCAGGUCUAUCAGUCGGGUUUUUCCUUGGCCAUCAGCACAGACUUUGGUCUGCUUGUUACAUAUGAUGCAUACAGCUACGUCAGCAUCUCUGUACCUUAUAACUAUUUUAACGCCACAUGCGGUCUCUGUGGAAACUUUAACCUGCGCCCCGAAGAUGACUUCCGUUCACCCAGUGGUGAGAUCUUGAGCUCAGAUGUGGACUUUGCCAACAGCUGGAAAGUACAAAGUGACACAGAUCCUGAAUGCCAUAAUGUCAGGUGCACAGGUCUGGCUUGUGCUGUUUGUGCCACAGAUGAAAUGAGUUUUUACAGUGACAGCAACCACUGUGGAAUCCUAGGAGAUGUUGGCGGCCCUUUUGCUGCUUGCCACUCUGUGUAUGCACCACAGACCUACACAGAGAACUGUGUCUAUGACCUUUGCUUAGGAGGAGGGUACCAGCCCAUUCUGUGCCAGGCUCUCAAUGUGUAUGCUACUCAGUGCCAACAGCAGGGUGUACACCUUGGGCAGUGGAGACAGCAGGGCUUCUGUGAAAUUCAAUGCCCCGAACACAGUCAUUUUGAGCCUCUAGGAACAGGCUGUCCUGCGACUUGCAGUAAUCCAUCUGCCCCAAUGAACUGUCCUUUGCCCAGUCAGGAGAGCUGUAUCUGUGACCCUGGGUACAUCCUCAGUGCUGGAGAGUGUGUGCCUGAAGCAAACUGUGGCUGCACCUUUGAGGGUUUCUAUUAUGCUGAAGGACAGUCAGUGGUGUUGGAUGGUGACUGUGGGAGACGGUGUGUGUGCAGCAGUAUGUCGAUGAUCUGUCAUCACCACCAGUGUGGUCCAGCAGAGCUGUGUGAAAUCCAUGAAGGUGUAAGAGGCUGCAGACCGAUUGGCUAUGCUACCUGCUCAGUUGAAGACCUAGGGUCAUAUCACACCUUCGAUGGACUAAGUUUCAGAUACCCUGGAGCAUGCGGACUGACCCUUGCUAGGGUGAUGGGGCCAUCCCCACUACCACACUUUGUGUUGACAGUGGAGAAAGUACCCAGAGUCCUUCAAGACUUUGCCCGGUUAUUAAAGUUUGAGGCAGAAGGAAUUCAAGUCUCCAUCGAAAUGGGAGAGGGCGGCAAUGUAAAGGUGGAUGGACAGAUGGUUGGUCUUCCAGUCAGUGUUGGCUCUGGUCAAAUCCGCAUUUAUCACAGCAGUGUGAGGGGUUUUGUUUUAGAAACAAGCUUUGGGGUGACUGUAAGAGCCGACUGGCCACAUAUUGUCCGAAUCACUGCACCAAGCACGUAUAGUGGCACACUUGGAGGUUUGUGUGGGAACUUGAAUGGAGACAUUUCUGAUGAGUUUUACACUCCAGAUGCUGUCCUGCUUAAUGACACUCAGCUGUUUGCGGACAGCUGGCGUGAUGGUUCCCUGUCAGCUCACUGUGAGGACCCAAAUGACAACUGGGAACCAGGACAUUAUCAAAACAGAAGCCAGUUCAUUGAACACUGUAGUAUAAUGGCCAUGCAUGAUGGACCAUUUGCCGAGUGCAGCAGAGUAAUGGAUCCUCAGCAACGGAUAGCAGAUUGCGUUCAUUUGCUGGAGCAGACACAAGGUGCCAGAGAGGCUCUAUGUGAGGCUCUGCGAGGAUACACGCUACUUUGCCAACAGAAUGGCAUUGCAGUAGAAGAGUGGAGAAGUGCCACCCACUGUGAUCCCACCUGUCCAGCAAAUACCCAUUAUGAAGUAUGCGGCACAUCCUGUCCUGCAUCCUGCCCCAGCCUCUCAUUUCCAUUUCAGUGCACAUUGCAGUGCCAGGAGGGAUGCCAGUGUAAUGACGGAAAUGUGUUAAAUGGAGAUCGUUGUGUGCCCCCCACGGGCUGUGGUUGCUACCACUCUGGGCGCUAUCGGCAGGCUGGAGAGAGGUUCUGGCAUGGUGAAGAGUGCCAGUUCUUGUGUGUUUGUGAUGGAGUCACUGGAAAUGUUCAUUGCACACCGUCUUCUUGCAGUGAGGAGGAGGUCUGCCAUGUUGUGGAUGGCGAGUACGGCUGCCAUCCUCGGCCGCACGCUCGUUGCUCUGCUUCAGGAGACCCCCAUUACGUAUCUUUUGAUAGAUCCUACUUUGACUUCCAGGGCACAUGCCGCUAUGUGCUAGCCACAGUAUGUAAUGACACCACUGGGCUUCCGCACUUCCAGGUGGAUGCAAGGAACGAAGCAUGGCAUGGACUCUCAGUGGCAAUUACUGUAGAAGUAUUUGUCAAUGUCUCUGGACAUCUUGUGCACAUGUCACAAGACAUGAACGGUCAUUCUACUGUUGAAAUUGAUGGAGAGACCAGAAACCUCCCCAUCCUACUUGACUCUGGUCGAGUGUCUGUCUACUCCAGCGCACAGAAAAUAUUUGUAUCAACUGACUUUGGUUUCAGCGUGAAUUAUGGUGGUUCUUGGACAGUGAACAUCAUCGUACCAGCAAACUACAGUGGGGUUACGUGUGGCCUCUGUGGCAACUUCAAUGGCCAGAGGAAUGAUGACUUCAUGACUCCUUCAGGUGCUCUGGUGCACUCAGCAGACCAGUUUGGGGCAAGCUGGAAGGUUGAGGAUGAGUUGCCAUGUAAUGAUGGGUGUGGAAACAAUUGCCCUUUGUGCCAGGAUCAGACAUCUGCCCGUUCCCUGUGUGACAUCAUCAGGUCCAGUGAGGGCCCCUUUAGUUUCUGCCAUGUUUAUGUAGAUCCUCAAGCCUACUUCGAUGACUGUGUGUUCGAUGUGUGCCUUUCUGGAAACCGUAAUGAUGUCCUGUGUCGCUCUAUCCAAACCUAUGCGAGUGCCUGUCAGUCUAACAAUGCCGUUAUCUACCCCUGGAGAGAAAGCGCUUCCUGUGUCACAACCUGCCCAGAGAAUAGCCACUAUGAGUUGUGUGGCACAGACUGUGGUCAUACUUGUGCCAGCAGCAUUGAUGUUAGUUGUGAACACACAUGCUCAGAGGGAUGUUUCUGUGAUGUUGGGUUGGUAAGGAGUGGAGGACUCUGUGUAUCGGUGGAGCAUUGUGGCUGCUUGUAUGACGGAUUCUACUUUAAUGUUGGUGAGCAAUUCUGGAAUAUAGAAUGUUCCCAACGCUGUGAGUGUUUUGCUCCAAAUGAUCUGCGCUGCUCUGCUACCUCCUGCCAACCUACUAUGGUGUGUAUGAUCAGAGAUGGACGCCGUGACUGCUACGAAGAGAGUACCACGUACAUAACCACCACCAGAUCAAGACUUCCUUCAGAGCAGAGCACCCUUCACAUGACCACCACCAGACCAAUCCACCCAGCUGUGUUUUAUCCAUUUGGACCUGGGGACACAGAGAAUGGACGUUCUGAUGAUGGGAGCUCAUCUGUGAUCUAUCUUUUGCAACAGUUCAUAUUUUUUGGACAAUCAUAUAGUCAAAUAUAUGUCAACAACAAUGGACACUUGACUUUUGAUGGACCAUUUCACAGCUGGACUCCAUACCAGUUCCCAGGUUAUGGUGGAAGAGACCUCAUCUCUCCAUUCUGGACAGAUAUUGAUAACCGUGGCAAUGGUGUUAUUUCAUAUCGUCAGUACACCUCUGGCAGUGUCCUUACAGAGGCCACACAAGACAUUAACCAAUACUUCCCUGACCUGAGCUUCUCUGCUACAUGGGUCUUUGUAGCAACAUGGGACAGAGUUGCAUAUUUCCCUCUGUCAGGAACAGAAACAUCUUUCCAAGUGGUUUUAAUUUCAGAUGGCCAUUACACAUUUAUUUUGAUGAAUUAUGGAACAAUUGCUCCAAUACAAUAUGUUCAGGCUGGUUAUGACACCAUCAACUCUAGAUACCAUUUCUCAAUUCCUGGAUCAUUUUCGAGUUAUAUCACAAACUUGACAUACAGCAGUAAUGUCAAUGUGCCAGGCAGAUGGGCCUUCAGAACAGAUCAUGGAUCACGGGGUUGCCAGUUUAAUGGUAUUCCAGUGCAGCUCGGAGAUUCUUUCUGGAGUGGUGCAACCUGCCAGGAGAGAUGCACCUGCACCAGCAGCGGCCUCCAGUGUAGCCACGAGCCCUGCAGUUAGUUACUCCCCCAAGCCUGCCGUCCAGCUGCCUUCCAGUACUCUUGCCAGAACAUUCAGCGGCAAACCUGUACUAUCUCUGGUGAUCCUCACUACUACACCUUUGACAAUCAGGUUUUUCACUUUCAAGGGACCUGCACUUAUGUUCUAUCUGAGGCUUGUGGCAACGGUUUGCCAUACUAUCGCAUUGAGGGCAAAAAUGAGCAUCGGGGCAGCACGCAUGUGUCAUGGACACGGAUGGUCAGAGUGUUUGUCUAUGAUGAAGUAAUUGAACUGGUCAAGGGUCAUUAUUAUGACGCAAAGGUUAAUGGAAGUUUUGCAGCAAUGCCAUUCACCCUUCGCAAUGGCUCCAUCCAGGUCUAUCAGUCAGGUUUUUCCUUGGCCAUCAGCACAGACUUUGGUCUGCUUGUUACAUAUGAUGCAUACAGCUACGUCAGCAUCUCUGUACCUUAUAACUAUUUUAACGCCACAUGCGGUCUCUGUGGAAACUUUAACCUGCGCCCCGAAGAUGACUUCCGUUCACCCAGUGGUGAGAUCUUGAGCUCAGAUGUGGACUUUGCCAACAGCUGGAAAGUACAAAGUGACACAGAUCCUGAAUGCCAUAAUGUCAGGUGCACAGGUCUGGCUUGUGCUGUUUGUGCCACAGAUGAAAUGAGUUUUUACAGUGACAGCAACCACUGUGGAAUCCUAGGAGAUGUUGGCGGCCCUUUUGCUGCUUGCCACUCUGUGUAUGCACCACAGACCUACACAGAGAACUGUGUCUAUGACCUUUGCUUAGGAGGAGGGUACCAGCCCAUUCUGUGCCAGGCUCUCAAUGUGUAUGCUACUCAGUGCCAACAGCAGGGUGUACACCUUGGGCAGUGGAGACAGCAGGGCUUCUGUGAAAUUCAAUGCCCCGAACACAGUCAUUUUGAGCCUCUAGGAACAGGCUGUCCUGCGACUUGCAGUAAUCCAUCUGCCCCAAUGAACUGUCCUUUGCCCAGUCAGGAGAGCUGUAUCUGUGACCCUGGGUACAUCCUCAGUGCUGGAGAGUGUGUGCCUGAAGCAAACUGUGGCUGCACCUUUGAGGGUUUCUAUUAUGCUGAAGGACAGUCAGUGGUGUUGGAUGGUGACUGUGGGAGACGGUGUGUGUGCAGCAGUAUGUCGAUGAUCUGUCAUCACCACCAGUGUGGUCCAGCAGAGCUGUGUGAAAUCCAUGAAGGUGUAAGGGGCUGCAGACCGAUUGGCUAUGCUACCUGCUCAGUUGAAGACCUAGGGUCAUAUCACACCUUCGAUGGACUAAGUUUCAGAUACCCUGGAGCAUGCGGACUGACCCUUGCUAGGGUGAUGGGGCCAUCCCCACUACCACACUUUGUGUUGACAGUGGAGAAAGUACCCAGAGUCCUUCAAGACUUUGCCCGGUUAUUAAAGUUUGAGGCAGAAGGAAUUCAAGUCUCCAUCGAAAUGGGAGAGGGCGGCAAUGUAAAGGUGGAUGGACAGAUGGUUGGUCUUCCAGUCAGUGUUGGCUCUGGUCAAAUCCGCAUUUAUCACAGCAGUGUGAGGGGUUUUGUUUUAGAAACAAGCUUUGGGGUGACUGUAAGAGCCGACUGGCCACAUAUUGUCCGAAUCACUGCACCAAGCACGUAUAGUGGCACACUUGGAGGUUUGUGUGGGAACUUGAAUGGAGACAUUUCUGAUGAGUUUUACACUCCAGAUGCUGUCCUGCUUAAUGACACUCAGCUGUUUGCGGACAGCUGGCGUGAUGGUUCCCUGUCAGCUCACUGUGAGGACCCAAAUGACAGCUGGGAACCAGGACAUUAUCAAAACAGAAGCCAGUUCAUUGAACACUGUAGUAUCAUGGCCAUGCAUGAUGGACCAUUUGCCGAGUGCAGCAGAGUAAUGGAUCCUCAGCAACGGAUAGCAGAUUGCGUUCAUUUGCUGGAGCAGACACAAGGUGCCAGAGAGGCUCUAUGUGAGGCUCUGCGAGGAUACACGCUACUUUGCCAACAGAAUGGCAUUGCAGUAGAAGAGUGGAGAAGUGCCACCCACUGUGAUCCCACCUGUCCAGCAAAUACCCAUUAUGAAGUAUGCGGCACAUCCUGUCCUGCAUCCUGCCCCAGCCUCUCAUUUCCAUUUCAGUGCACAUUGCAGUGCCAGGAGGGAUGCCAGUGUAAUGACGGAAAUGUGUUAAAUGGAGAUCGUUGUGUGCCCCCCACGGGCUGUGGUUGCUACCACUCUGGGCGCUAUCGGCAGGCUGGAGAGAGGUUCUGGCAUGGUGAAGAGUGCCAGUUCUUGUGUGUUUGUGAUGGAGUCACUGGAAAUGUUCAUUGCACACCGUCUUCUUGCAGUGAGGAGGAGGUCUGCCAUGUUGUGGAUGGCGAGUACGGCUGCCAUCCUCGGCCGCACGCUCGUUGCUCUGCUUCAGGAGACCCCCAUUACGUAUCUUUUGAUAGAUCCUACUUUGACUUCCAGGGCACAUGCCGCUAUGUGCUAGCCACAGUAUGUAAUGACACCACUGGGCUUCCGCACUUCCAGGUGGAUGCAAGGAACGAAGCAUGGCAUGGACUCUCAGUGGCAAUUACUGUAGAAGUAUUUGUCAAUGUCUCUGGACAUCUUGUGCACAUGUCACAAGACAUGAACGGUCAUUCUACUGUUGAGAUUGAUGGAGAGACCAGAAACCUCCCCAUCCUACUUGACUCUGGUCGAGUGUCUGUCUACUCCAGCGCACAGAAAAUAUUUGUAUCAACUGACUUUGGUUUCAGCGUGAAUUAUGGUGGUUCUUGGACAGUGAACAUCAUCGUACCAGCAAACUACAGUGGGGUUACGUGUGGCCUCUGUGGCAACUUCAAUGGCCAGAGGAAUGAUGACUUCAUGACUCCUUCAGGCGCUCUGGUGCACUCAGCAGACCAGUUUGGGGCAAGCUGGAAGGUUGAGGAUGAGUUGCCAUGUAAUGAUGGGUGUGGAAACAAUUGCCCUUUGUGCCAGGAUCAGACAUCUGCCCGUUCCCUGUGUGACAUCAUCAGGUCCAGUGAGGGCCCCUUUAGUUUCUGCCAUGUUUAUGUAGAUCCUCAAGCCUACUUCGAUGACUGUGUGUUCGAUGUGUGCCUUUCUGGAAACCGUAAUGAUGUCCUGUGUCGCUCUAUCCAAACCUAUGCGAGUGCCUGUCAGUCUAACAAUGCCGUUAUCUACCCCUGGAGAGAAAGUGCUUCCUGUGGUGAGUGA